CAUGAUGGAUAAUAUUAACGUAAUAAACUACAUUAAUAUCGAUCGAGAUGACAGUGAUGAUGAAAGCAUCGAUACAGACACGGAUUUCUUUCAAAUGGCUAUACAAGUAGAAUUUCCUAGAGCUGGGAAAGUCACACGUGAACGAAUCGAUUACUAUAAAAGAUACAGAGAUAACGAAUUUCUUCAGAAGUUCAGAUUGAGUAAAAGAACUGCGAAAUUCUUGACUGAACUCAUUGAGAAUAAAAUUUCUUCUCCAACUACUAGGAAUGAUGCGGUAACACCCAAGCAAAAAGUAUUGCUUACACUGAGGUACUACGCCACUGGCUCAUUCGUAGACGUUUGUGCUGAAUUUGCCGGAGUUCAUGAAUCAACUGGUGGGAAAAUAAUAAAGGUGGUAUCCGAAGCUAUAGCUGAGCUUAGGCCAGAGUUCAUAUACAUGCCGGAAACUGAUGCAGAUAUGAAGCAGAUUCGACAAGAAUUCUUCAACAUCGCUAAAUUUCCCAGGUGCAUUGGUGCUUUGGAUUGCACCCAUAUAAAAAUUCGUUCACCUGGUGGCAAAGAGCCGGAAAUAUUCAGAAACAGAAAAAACUAUUUCUCUAUCAAUGUUCAGACAAUCAGCGAUGCUAAGCUGCGGAUACAAAACAUAGUUGCCAGGUGGCCUGGAUCCAGUCACGAUUCGCAUAUACUGAAAAGCUCUCGUAUUCGACAACAUUUUGAAAGUGGAAAAUUCAAUGACAAUGUUUUGGUGGGUGACAGUGGUUACGCAAUUCAGAAAUAUAUAAUAACUCCGCUACAGGAUCCAAAGACUAAAGCUGAGAUGUUAUUCAAUGAGGCCCAAAUAGUGACUAGAAAUCCUGUAGAACGAUCUUAUGGGGUGUGGAAGCGGAGAUUUCCCAUACUGAGCAUCGGUAUCAACCUUCGGUUGUCAACAGCGCUCGCCAUCAUUGUGGCUACAGCUGUUUUGCACAAUAUAGCUCUAAAGUUCGGCGACGCUGUCCCUCAUCCUACUCGAGAACUUGAAGAGCUCAUAAACAUUCAAGAAGUGGAAAACAUUCCUUUAUCAACUGAAGGAAACACAUAG